AUGAUAACCCGACGAGAUAAAAUGAGUCAUGAAUACGACAGACUUGGAUCAAAUGUUAGCAAAAAAUCUUCGACCUCUUCAAGAUCUCCUGUAAUCUCUUCACAACAUCUGAAUGAAACUCAUUUGGAUUUGACUCAACAAUUUUCAAAAAAUGAGGAAAAUCUGAAUGAAACUCAUUUGGAUUUGACUCAACAAUAUUCAAAAAACGAUGAAAAUAUAACAAACGGAGAAUUUGCAUUAAUAGAAUUUAAAUCUGAAAUCACAAAGAAACAUAGUAGAUUUGUAAAGGUGGCGUUAAAAGAAAUGAUCGGAAAAGGCGGAGUUGCUGAGGUAAAUGAGAGAUUUACUGAUAAAUUUUUUCGAAGUCUAAUACACAAAUAUAUUUUACAGGUUUAUAAAGGACUUUGUUGUGAUAAUCGCAAUGAAAUUGAAGUUGCUGUUAAAUUAGUUGGAUACAAUACAAUUAAUACUGGAACGAGUAAGGGUCCAGAAACUUUGGAAGACUUACUUUAUGAUCCGAAAAAUGAGAUGAGAGUAUUCAAAGCAUUUCAUGAUAAAUAUCAUGGAUAUUCAGAAGAAAGUGGUAUUAUUGAAAUGAUUGAUGGCGGUGAAAUUAUAAAUAUCGAGUAUUCUGAAUAUGAACAAUCCAAGCAUGAUUUUAAAUACGUUAUUAUAACCGAAUUAGGAACAAAAAACUUUUUAAAAUAUAUCGGAGAUAAAAUCUAUGAGAAAAAUGGACUUUCAGAAUCGGAACUAAUGGAGGAAUUAGUGAAACCAGCAACAGUUCUUUUUCAAAUGCAUGCUGUUGCCAUCCAUAUGGAUUUUAAACCACAAAAUAUUGUAUUCAAUUCUAAAAACAAGCUAAAAGCUAUAGACCUUGGAGGAAGUCUUUUAUUUGCUGAUAUUGAAAUCGAAAAUGAAGUUCCUGCAAUUCUUGUCGGAAGAAGAACAACCUCACUAUAUUUUUUGCCACCCGAGCUACAUUCAUUAUUGAAAUCUGAGCUUGACAAACAUUACAAUGCAAAAGUAUUAUUAUCUAUUUUAAUGAAUUGUAAAAAGCAAUUGAAUCUUUACCUAAUCAUUCAUUCAAAACCUUAA